AUGACGUCUAAGGCGACUGACUCUGCAGAUGGGAAGAACCCUGUGCAAUUCGGAUUGCCGUCUUCAGCCGAAGCCCUGCAUCCCCAAAAUGUAGACCAGACGCCCGCCGGACAGGAUUCUGAGUCUGGAAACACCGAUGCCAAAUCCAAGCAGCAACCUGCACAGGUGCGCUUCUCUUCAGUGAAUGAAGAGUUUGAGCCACCGGAGCUGCCUCCCUCUGGUAAAGCUCCGACCAGCGAUCCGAAGCAAGAAGAUGAUCUCCGUUCGCUCGCGGCAACCCUUCAAAAGUCUCAGCUACAAGAGUCGAGAAUGUUUAACAUCUCGUACGAUCCGGUUUCUCUUCCAUCAUCACGGGUCGCAUCUCGAGAGUCGAGCGAUCGCAGUGCACGAGAGAACGGCUCCGAGUUACCGUCAACUCAUACUUCUCCUCCAGCAUCAGCGAUGCAAUCACCCCCUCUUACGCCAGCUGCGACUCAUUCGCAUGAAGCUACCGCACAGACAGGACCUGCGCAAACAACAGCAAAGCAAGCCCCUCCUCCUUCCCAACCCUCGGAAAUCACCCCCUCUGCCUCUCCCCCAACAAGCGCGCAAUCUAAAAGUGCAAUCGCUCAAAGCGCUCCCAGCUCACGUCCAUCGUCAACGGAUCAACUAUCGAGACACAACGACGUCGCACAAACAUCCUCACAUCCUCUCAAUGGAACGAAACAUCAAGCGCAAUUUUUCGUUGGCCCGGAGGGAGGCACGCGGGAUGAAAGUCCGCCAAUGACUCCCGGUGUCAACGUAGAGAGCUACACCCCACCCGGUGCCAUCACACCAAUUGGCGAGCCGAAUGACCCGUAUGCACGCAGCAAACGGCCGCCACAGUCGAAGAAUCUCACUCAACUUGAUCCACGAUUCAUAUUCACUGGCCGUGAUUUGAAACGCAGGGGUCACCGUGCGACAUCUCAUCCUCGUCCUUCGAGCGCGCGCUCCUCAAGUGCAUCGGAUCUCAAAGGAGGCGAUAAACGAGCGGGUAUAUUCGGCGGGAAAAAGGACGUACGACAGGGAGAAGCAGAAACCAAGCCGCAUGGUCAUAUGUCGGAGCUAAAGCGGUUCUUUAAAAUGGGUCACAAGCAUAAGCGUGGGGAAUCGCCCACCUCAAAGAAGUCCAGCCGUUCGUCUGGAAAGAACACUCCUUAUCAAAUGGCACCCGACAAUGUUCCAUUUGCGGAUGACCAUGGGCUCAACUCCAAAUACGGAAAACUUGGGAAGGUUCUUGGCUCAGGCGCUGGUGGUUCCGUCCGGUUACUUAAGCGUAACAGUGACGGCGUGACAUUCGCCGUAAAGCAAUUCAGAGAGCGUCAUUCCUGGGAAACUCUGAAAGAAUAUUCCAAGAAGGUGACCGCCGAAUUCUGUAUUGGAUCGACUCUCCACCAUGGUAAUAUCAUAGAGACACUUGAUAUAAUCCAGGAGGGAAACCAUUGGUACGAGGUUAUGGAGUAUGCGCCGUUUGAUCUAUUUGCCAUUGUCAUGACAGGCAAAAUGUCCAAAGACGAAGUGGCUUGUUCUUUCAAACAGAUCUUGAGCGGCGUGGCAUACCUACAUGGAAUGGGCCUAGCUCACCGAGAUCUGAAACUGGAUAACGUUGUCGUCAACGAGCAUGGAAUUAUGAAACUCAUUGACUUUGGAAGCGCUGUGGUCUUUCGAUAUCCCUUUGAGAAUGACAUUGUGAACGCGUCGGGAAUCGUCGGAUCCGACCCAUAUCUGGCGCCAGAGGUUUAUGAUGAGAAGAAAUACGACCCUCGCCCAACAGACGUCUGGUCUCUAGCCAUCAUUUUUUGCUGCAUGAGCCUACGCCGGUUCCCUUGGAAGCAACCCCGAGUCAGCGAUAACUCUUAUAGACUUUUUGUUUCGACGCCUACACCUGGGACUCCUGUUCCCGAUGCUGAUCCAAAGCGGCACCGGCCUGUGAGAUCGGCGCCGAAUCUCACAAUUGCCCCCAAUGAGGAUAAAGGUGCACAGUUUGCAUCGAGUAUUAGUGAAGAACCUUCGAAAAUAAUGGCGACGCCCCCACGGUCCCCCGUUAAACCGCCGGCGUCUCCUGUUAAACCAUCGGCAGCCAGCCAGGAGGAAAAUCGCCCACCAGAGAACCCACAGGAGAAGACAGACGGCAACAAUGGCUCCGACAACAAGACUAGUGGCCAAAACAAACCCACUCGAACUACAAGCAAAGAGGCACCCCCGCUUCCAUCUGGCUCAACACAAUCGAGUGGGCAACGUCAGGAAGUGAUCAAGGGCCCUUGGAGACUGCUGCGGCUUCUUCCUCGUGAAAGCCGCUACAUCAUCGGCCGCAUGCUCAAAGUGAGCGUGAAAGACCGAGCCGACCUCGAUGAUGUAUUGACAGAUGAGUGGGUGCGGAAUAUCAAAGCAUGCCAGCAGGAGGUGACAGGGGAGUUGAUUAAGGCGUCGGGUCAUACGCAUGUCCUCGAGCCGCCUUCCCCGACAUCCGGCGCUGUUGCGGGUCUCACCGUCGAUUGCUCCCUUUACCCGCUUGACACCAUCAAGACCCGUCUUCAAAAAGCCAGGCACCAUGCGCCCGCAGCCCCGGCUCCAAGCGUCUCUCUCCGACAGACAAUCCGCGGUAUCUACGCAGGCCUUCCCUCUGUUCUGUUCGGUUCAGCUCCCUCCGCCGCAUCCUUCUUCAUCGUCUACGAUGGCGUCAAGCGCACCCUCCUUUCCUCAGCGAACCCCGAGUCACAAUCUCGCAGCCACAUAAUUCUUACACAAUCGCUCGCCUCUUCAAUGGGUGAGAUCGCAGCUUGCGCAGUCAGAGUUCCGACGGAAGUCGUCAAGCAAAGAGCCCAGGCCGGCCUCUUCGGCGGCUCCAGUCGGCAUGCGUUAACGGAUAUCUUGUCCCUACGGCACCCGGACCCCAAGACCGGCGCGAAGAGGGGAUACGGUCAGGUUAUUCGGGAGCUGUAUCGUGGAGCCGGUAUCACGAUUGCGCGUGAGAUCCCGUUUACGGUCUUGCAGUUCACGAUGUGGGAGGCUAUGAAGGAGACAUAUGCCAAGCGCCGGCAAUUGGAGGCUGGAUUGGCUACGGCGGGUGGCGCACAGGUGCCUGCAUCGACAAGUGCGGUUUUUGGUAGUAUUGCGGGUGCGAUUUCGGCGGGGUUGACGACGCCGUUGGAUGUUAUUAAGACCCGGGUUAUGCUCGCUCGGCGGGGGGAUGGUUCGGAAGGGAAUCCAAGAGUAAGAAUUAAGGAUGUAGUGCAAGAAAUUUCCAAGGAAGGGUUUGGAGCUUUUUGGAGAGGUGUUCAGCCGCGAGUUGCGUGGAUUGGCAUUGGGGGUGCGAUCUUCUUGGGUAGCUACCAGUGGGCAUGGAAUACUUUGGAAGGAAAGCUGCGAUCGUCCUGUCACUGCCUCCGCAUCGCCCGUCCCCUCCGCACUUUCACCUGCUUCACCCGCACGCCUGUCGCCGUUGUCGCCGUUGUCGCCUACUGCAUGGCACGCAAACUGAGCCAUCAAAGGGUCACAUAUGUGCUCCCUCCGGCUGAUGCACCUGGUGGUCAUCGGCUGGGUAUCAACAGCUUAGCGAUAGACCCGGAGAGAUCGACUCUCUACUCGGCUGGUCGCGACGGAGUUAUAUGCUCGUGGGACCUCGACCUUCCCUCGCUUCCCUCAUCCUCAGCCUCGAAACCCGGUCCGACCAAGUUUCGUAAUCAGGUUCAGGCGCACACGCACUGGAUCAACGACAUUGUCCUGACGCAGAACAAUUCUGCCCUAGUUAGUGCUUCGUCGGACACCACGGUUAGGCUAUGGCGGCCUCACUCCGAGACUACGGACGUUCCGGAGCCCAUCGGUAAACACACCGACUACGUCAAGUCGCUUGCGAGCCCAGGAUCCCAGUCAACAUGGGUUGCGUCGGGCGGCUUGGAUCACAAAGUUAAUUUGUGGGACCUCAAUGGCAAAGGAGAAAUCCUUAGCAUAGGUGCCGCUGGUACGGAUGAGGGUGCGAAAGGUUCAGUUUACGCUUUGGGUGCUGUCUCUUCCGUCGUGGCUAGCGGUGGACCCGAAAAGCUGGUGAGGGUGUGGGAUCCCAAGUCCGGAAAGCUGAUUACGAAGUUCGUUGGACAUACGGACAAUAUUCGAGAUAUUCUAAUCAACAGUGACGGCGAUACGAUUAUGUCGGCGUCUUCGGACCAAACUGUCAAGAUCUGGUCUCUGACGGCAGGUCGAUGCAUGCAUACGCUGACUAUGCACAACGACAGCGUCUGGUCACUUUAUUCGAACCAUCCCAACCUUUCCGUCUUUUACUCCAGCGACCGAUCUGGUCUGGUUGCCAAAACUGAUACGAGGAAUGCUUCCGAUAUUGAACAGGGUAUGUGUGUAGCUGCAGUACAGGAGCAUGAGGGGGUGGUCAAGGUCGUAGCAGCUGGCGAUCACAUCUGGACUGCCACACCAACGUCCAGCAUCAAUCGCUGGAGUGACAUCGAUACAACUGCGGAUAUUGACGCCCCCAAAGUGCUUGCCGAUCCUCCAAACUCGAACGCAAAAGGGUCAGACAAGUCGCCGCCCAAGGAAAAGCCAACAACGAUACCCUAUGAGUCACUUUUGCUUCUUUCCAACACGUCCAUACUGCCAAGUUCACGGAUACCCCAAGCAUCCAACCCGGCUGCAAAUGGUCAACCAUCCUCACCACGACCGGACAUUGAGGAGGAACUAGGUAUCACAGUUCCUGUUUUCUCUCUGCCUGAAGAGACGGUAGAGGGUCAGCAUGGCUUAAUCAAGUACUGUCUGUUGAAUGACCGGAAACGCACAUUAACACAAGACUCUGCCGGCGAAGUGAUUUUAUGGGAUCUACUUAGGUGUGUGCCUAUCAAGUCAUUCGGCAAACGUCAUAUGGAUGAUGUGGAAUUGGAAGUCAACACCACCGAGAGUGUCGCACACUGGUGCACGAUUGAUAUCCGAACGGGGAGGCUGUCUGUAAUACUCGAGCCGGGAAGGUGUUUUGACGCGGAAAUAUACGCGGAUGAGGCUCAGCUAGCCGACUAUUCCCAAAUACGAGAAGAUCAGAGAUUGAACCUGGGAAAGUGGGUCCUACGUUGGCUCUUUGCUUCGUUGGUGGAUGAACAGGUCAAGCGUGAUGCCGAAUACCGUAUCGAAGCGAAAGCUAAAGCGGAGGAAGUUGCCAAGUCACAUAGUCAGACCGCGCCAGUGGAUAUCCCCGGCAAGUUAAGCGUACCGAUACCGUCAGAUCCAUCUUCGGCUCCUGGACGCUCAGGCUAUGAUUCAUUCGGCAGUCCUACAACACCUGGUUUUGGAAUAGGUUUUGCCACAAGCCCCGGUUCGUUGACGGCAUCGGUUUUAAACCACGGGCAUAACAAUCACAAUAACAUGGGGACGUCCCCAGGAGAGUCUUCUGAUUAUUUAAUGUCACAUCAAAGUGCCGAUGUGGCGAGAAGCUCCAUGUCGGAUAGGUCGAGCGACUACUUUUCGCCUCCCAAAACUCAAACAACAUCCGGAGAGCCCGACAAGUCCCUACCCACAUCAGGAGGAGAACAGACACCAACUGCUACUUCCGCCAGUGAGCCGGAUAAGGAGGAACGCAAGAAGAGCAGCUCGCGCUUUGGAAAGAAGUUCCGGAUGGACUUCCCCAAGAAGUUGGGACGGACUUCGACUGAAGUUAAGCCUCAAAUACAAGAAGAAAAAGUGGAGGAACCUGAGAUGACAUCGGUAAAGGAAGAGAAGGUUUUCGAAAACAACCUCAGCGGCUUUAUUGAGCGAGUACAUCACGAUUAUGAGGAAUAUAUCUCCGGCAACCCAAACCAGGACCUGGUGUCGGCGUUUGCUCCUAGUGACGAGAGCGAGACACCUCUGCUGGAGAUACCAAAUCGCACUGUGGUCUUUAUCCAAGAAGAAUCUGGUGAUUCGGUUGUGGCCACUGAUAUCUACAGAGGCACUGUUGAGAAUAUCAGCCAGGACAGAGAGAAACUUGAGAAAACCAUGCCGCUGUGGCUGGCUGAUUUGCUACUCAGGAACCAAAUGCCCUUCAAGGAGCCCGUCAAAGUUGCAUUUACGCUGAAACCAUACGACGACUCCCUACCGCCGGUCGUCAAACCAGACCCACCUAGCUUCAAUGGCAAUACAAACAAUUCCCGCCUGAACGCCAACCGAAUGCUUCGGGCUAAGAAAAUACUAGCAUACGUAUCGGAGCGCAUUGAAGAACCGACCAACGACCCGGUACAAGAUGCAAUGAAACCCGAGGAGUACCUUGAGCUGUACUGUCAAAAUAUUCUCAUAACCCCCAACAUGACCCUUGCUACUAUAAGAGCGCUCCAUUGGCGCAACAGCACUGAUAUGGUUCUCCAUUACAAGGCUACCGACAAAAAGGCGAUUCGACUGAUAGGGUCUGACAAAGGCAACAAUUCCAAGGAAAAUCCAGGAAUUGAGGAGCCCCAAUCCAACCAACAACCUCAGUCUGAGUCAGGUGGUGUCGGAACUGCCCAUGUCGAGGAUACCGGAGCUUCACCGGGCAGCACGGCAUCAGGCUCUGCCUCUGUAAACAACAGUUGA